AUGGGUGAAUCUUUGUACGAGGGAGAAGUCUAUACCCUCCAGUUUAGAUUUGAUCCCCAGUAUCCAAUAUCAUCACCGGCUGUUCAGUUUGUUGUGGGAGAAGGCAAAGAGUCACCUAUUCAUCCACACGUCUAUUCUAAUGGCCAUAUUUGUGCAUCCAUCCUUGGUAAUGAAUGGUCGCCCGUUCUCAGCGUCAUUGCGGUCUGCGUAACGCUUCAGAGUAUGCUGGCGUCGUGCAAGAAAAAAGAACGACCUGUUGAUAAUGACCGUUAUGUUAAAAAUGCACCUGAGAAUCCAAAGAAGACUGUUUUUCACUACGAUGAUGAUACGUAA